GCUGAGUCCUCAAGCGUAGAAGAGGCACAACGCAUUCGACUGCACAUCACACCUUUCAACGCAGAACUUCUCGAUCGAUUCGUCCCGCCGGCUAUUCGAUCGCAAGCAUCUGAUAUUUCCUUCCAUACCGUCCAGACUUUUCCCGAACGGGGAUUCGGCUACGUGGAAUUGCCGAAAGUCGAAGCGCAAAAGAUCAGACAGAAAUUGAACGGUAUGACGCUCAAGGGUUCUAAAGUGAAAAUUGAAGAGGCGCGGCCGGAGAAAAGUCGCAAGGACAAGAAGCGAAAGAGUUCAGGCGGAGCAGGUGAUAACACCGAGGUGGUGGAGCAGAGUGAGAAGGCCACGAAACGGGUGAAAAGGGCCAAAGCCGAGCGAGGAGAAGGCAUUAUCCCUGGCCACGAGUUGGAUCCUGGACGGAUAGUCAAGAGAGGAUGGCAAGAUACAAACCCAAAGAAACGAAACUCCAAGAAGGAUGAGAAGUCUGGAGAUGUCAGCUUGGAAGGGAAGAGCAAUCAUUUCAAGACUUCCGUCGCACCCAAUGCAAUGCCUUUGAAGGCUUCGAAGAAAGAGACCAAGGGCGACGCAAAGAAGAAAGACAAGGAGAAGAAAACUGGCAAGCAUGAUGUCGUAGUGAAGGAAUUCAAGAACACGACUAAAAUACUGAACGCGAAGAGCGCGAAGGCCUCCAAGCCGGAGACUCAUUAUGAAGAUGGCGUGGGUUGGGUGGACGGGGAGGGGAAUGUGAUUGAAGCCGAAGCACCAUCCUCUCGGAGAAAACGUGCAUUCUUGACAAUCCAACCUGCCUCCAAGCCAGAACCAAUACAACCAGAAGGUCACGAAGCGGUUGAAUCAUCAGAGAGUGUAUCAGAAGCAGAAGAAGUUGCCGAAGAGGAAGCGCCGAACAAGAAUGCACUUUCAGAGAUUGGACCCGAACGGUCUAGCAGCGAAGCACCCAGUAUCGCGGCCACAGCGACGUCCAUCGAAAACCCCAUCUCAGCCGAAUCAGAAGCAGAAUCACCCAGCACGCCACCAACAGAAGCCAUACCUCCCCGGACAAUCUCCCUCCCAGAGCGCGAAAUCCACCCCCUCGAAGCUCUCUACAAACGCCCCGCUUCCUCCAAAAAAUCAAACAAAACCGGCGAAUCGCUCCCUCCAAUAGACACCGGCUUCAGCUUCUUCGGCGGCGGAGACGCGGUCGACAGCGCAGCCAAGUCCGCCGAAGUCGACAGCGACGACGAUGAAGACAGGACUCAUGCCGCCUUUCCGACAGUGCAACAUCCCCCUCAUACCCCCCAUACCAAACUGGACCUCGAAUGGCGCGGUCUCCGCUCCGGCGCUCCAACACCCGACACCGCGGCGAUCGGAAAGCGGUUCACAUUCCCCAUUUCCGGCAACAACGACAACGACGACGAUGAGAACGGCGAGGACGAUGACGAAGACGAGGCAGACGACGACGAUGAAAUCCUCGAUGACGUCGACGCCGCUUCUCCCUCUACCCGAAAAGCCAUCGGCGGCGAAGGCGGAGACGGGGAGGAGAGUGAAUUCCGGAAAUGGUUCUAUGAGAACCGCGGCGAGUUGAACCGAGGGUGGAAGAAGCGCCGACGCGAGGAGAAGAAGUUGAAGAGGCAGAGGGAGAGUCGACGAUUGGGGAGGAAAAUC